AUGCGGCCCCGCCCCCGUCCGCGGAACCGGAAGUGGAGCGGGGCGCCUGGGACUGCGGGCGCGGCGGAGGCUGGGCAGUGCCGAGCCGGACCAGACCGACCCCAGUCGGCGGUGAGCGAGCUCGGCCUUCGCCGGGCGGGGGAGCGGGCUGGUUCCUCAGCUGAGGUCCCCGGGCGCAGCCACGUCCCGAAACGGGAAGGAAGCGGCGGCCGCGGCGGUCUCGCCGCAUUUCCGCUCGCGGUUUCGCGCGCGGGGGGAGCGCGGGCGAGGCUUCCCCGGGCUGGGGGCCGAGCUCCCGGCCCACACCUGCGGGGAGAUGUUGCAGUCAGGUCAGUGGAAAUGCAGCGACCGGCGCGGCGGCAGAGUGGAGCGGCUCUGGAUUGGGAACAGUCCCUCCUCUGGGUGCGAGCUGGCAGUCACCUGGAAGGGAGUCACUCUGGUGCGAGCUUGGUGCCCCUGCAGAGGGUCUGGGGCGAGGGGACAGGGCUUCCUUCCUGUGGAAGCUGGCCGCGUCGGGCCCGGGGGAGCGGGGUGAGGAACCCACUUCCCGCUGGACGGAGCUCCGAGGCGUCCCGGGCCAGCGCCCCGCUGGGCUCCGCGGAGAUCUGGCCCCCGGAGCUCCGUGGGGGCUUAACCCGCUGCGGCCGACCGCGUGAUUCGCCCCGCCGCCCAGCUGGCCGGCACUGGGCAGGGCCUGACGGCGGGUGA